AUGAGAGAGCAUGCACUUAUCUCGGGAUUGGACUGCCAUGAAUACCCGGCUCAGUAUGAGAAGAUUGGGAGCUUUGCGUUUGUAGACAGGCACUUUAAAUCACAUAAGGAGAUAACGAUCAAAUCUGUGGAAGAGAAGUUGUUGAGUAUGAGCGCGUGGGGGGAUCGACUCAGGAUGGCGGUGCUUUACUUCCUAGGCACGGUUAUCAAAGCGAAGGGAAAGUAUAUUGCCUCCUUUAACUCUUUCAUAUUAAGAGUCGUCAACAAUGUGGAGGAUUGUAAAACCUUUCCUUGGGGUCGCUUGCCGUUUGAUGAUGAUAUCUGGUCCAUCAAUCAGGUGAUGAAGCAGCUCAAGGGGAAACCUAAGAAGAAUGUCAGCUUUCUCGGGUUUAUACUUCCUUUAAAGAUCCUGGCAUUUGAGUGUAUUCCAGCUCUAAAUGCACAAUUCAGAGAAGGUGUAGAUGGCUGUUUGAGUAGGUGUCCCAGGAUGUGUAAAAAGCGGUUCCAAAGUAACAUCAUGAAGGGUUAUCCACUUGAGGAUCUGUACAACGCACUUGGAAAAACUACGGUUAUUAACAGUGUUCUGGUUCCUACUGUUGAUGAGGAACCUCUCAUGGCGCACAUUAUGGAUGGAGAGCCAGACUACGAAAAUGAAGAAGGACCAAACAACUUGUGGAGCACAUGGCUUACUAUUAAGGAGAAGUCUAUCUGGUGGCCAGAUCUUUUUGAGUUAGAUGUGGCUGCGAGGGAAUUCACUAAGAAGAAAGACAAAGAGAAAAUGAGAGAAGAAGCAUCCUCCUCUAAUCAUGGUUUGGAGGACGUUUUGAAAGCGUUAGAAGACCGGUUGAUGACAUGUUUGAGUGAAGUGAGUGUGAAGGUGGAGAAAAUGGACAAGAGGCUUAGUGUCACUGAAAAGAGCCAAGAAGUUUUAAAAAGAGGUAAUGCCAAGAAGGUGGAGACAAUAGACGGGAGGAUUGAUGGGAUUGAAAAAGAAAUGAAGGAACUGAAAGAGAAGGAGAGGGAGAACAAUGAGGGUUUCGACUACCAAGACAUGGAUUUUGACUGGGAUAUGACGCAUGGAACAGAACAGAAAGAACCUGUAGAUGCAGAAAUGGUUGAGGACACAGAGGUGGUAGAAGAACUAGAAGGUCAGAGAGCUGAGGAGACUGAUAAAUAG